UUUUCAUGUCUCUGUGUGCGCAUCUCUCGCGGCGACUUGAUGACGCACAACGUCUGCGCCGUUGGAAGCGUCUGAUGGCGGAAGUAGCCUGUGGGCAGAGGCGGGAGGUCCUUUCGCCUUCGCAGCGAUGUCGCCGGUGGUACCAGAAGCCGGGCCCGCGCGCCUGGUCCGAUCCGCCCAGAAGGACGAGCUCUAUCGUGGGGCGCUGAGGAGCGGGGCUGGGGCUGCCCUGGGCGGGCUGGCAGGUGCUAAAAUUUGGUUGGAAUGGCAGAAGGAAAUUGAGCUGCUUUCUGAUGUAGCAUAUUUCACACUCAGCACCCUUUCAGGUUACCAAACUCUUGGUGAAGAGUAUGUCAAUAUUAUCCAAGUGGACCCAUCGCAGAAGAGAAUUCCAUCUGUACUCCGACGGGCUGUCAUGAUUUCUUUGCACACUGUCUUCCCUUACUUGUUAGACAAAGGGUUAGUGCACCUGGAACACGAACUUCAGACAGAACCAGAUGAGAUAAGGACUUUGCAAAGCAGACACUUGCGUGGAUUGUGGGGACGGACUUUCUUGUGGAGUUGGUUGCAGAGAUGGCUUGGCAGGUUAACAGAACAGCAGAAGAAAAUGCUAUCUCAGGUUGUGCAUAUCCUCAAGCAAAGCAUCCCACUCCUUCGAAGGUUGCACCUGGCUAUCUUCUAUAUGAACGGCAUCUUCUACCACCUAUCUAAAAGGAUGGCAGGGAUCACCUACCUGCGCUUUGCAGGAUUCGAGGGAGACCAACGGAGCAUUCGAUCGAGUUACAGGCUUCUUGGGCUCGUAUCGAUGCUGCAUCUGGCACUGACAGCUGGCAUCCACGCGUACAGCUUCCAACAGAGGCAGAGGGCACGGCAGGAAUGGAAACUGCACCGUAACCUCUCCUAUCAGAAACCCCAGCCCAAGGAGAGGUGCCUUAGCCGAAGCUCUUGCUGCAUCCUGUGUUUAGAAGAACGCCGCCAUUCUACGGCCACUCCGUGUGGGCACCUCUUCUGCUGGGAGUGCAUCACCGAGUGGUGCAACACCAAGGCUGAAUGUCCACUAUGCAGAGAGAAAUUCCAUCCACAGAAGUUGAUUUAUCUGCGACACUAUCGAUAACGGCUGCCUGCACGGCUGUCAGAUAAAGUGUUAUGAACCAACAAAAAUACUACAGCUUUUGACCAAGUGUAAGACUUUAUUUUGAUAUUCAGUUGCUAAAAUGGAGCAGCCAAACACUUGAAUUGCACUGCCUGUACAAGGAGAUAAUGAACCUGUCAUCUUACAAAACAAA